CUCCCUGCUCUCGCGUGCUCUCGCACCGCUCGCGUGACCGGCUGGUGUGUGCGCGAAGCGCCGGCUCCCGGGGGCACGUACGGCCGGGCGCGCGCCGCUGCAAGGGGCGUCCGGGUCCCGGUCGGCGGACCCGGCCGGCGCUAGGUGCCGACGGGCGGGCCGCGGGGGUCCGGGGCGGACACAGGCGCACACGCUCCCGGAGGAGCCUUCUCUGAGGCUGCUCUUCCUCGGCCAGACGGAGAGCGGCAGUGUCUCCCCGCCCAGCGCACAGUCGCCCCGCGUCUCCCCCCGCGGCGGCUGCUCCUCCUCGGCACCGCCAGCCCCAGCGCCGCUCCGGGGCGGGCGGCGGCGGCGGCGGGACCCGCGGAGCCGCUUUGUGUGCAGCCCGACGAGGGGCGGCGGCGCAACCACCUGACAGAGGCCCGGGCGCUCGAUGCACCUUCCGCCCGCAUGAGGAGGAGGAGAGGCCGGUAGAGGACUGUGAAAGAAAAGUUGUCCCCCAGGAUGGACUUCACCGCGCAGCCCAAGCCUGCCACUGCCCUCUGUGGCGUCGUGAGUGCAGAUGGGAAGAUCGCUUACCCGCCGGGGGUAAAGGAGAUCACCGACAAGAUCACCACGGAUGAAAUGAUCAAGCGACUGAAGAUGGUAGUAAAAACUUUUAUGGAUAUGGAUCAGGACUCAGAAGACGAAAAACAGCAGUAUCUCCCACUAGCCUUGCAUCUUGCAUCUGAAUUUUUCCUCAGGAAUCCCAAUAAAGAUGUGCGUCUCCUUGUAGCAUGUUGUUUGGCUGACAUCUUUCGAAUCUAUGCCCCAGAAGCUCCGUAUACUUCCCACGAUAAACUUAAGGACAUAUUUUUGUUUAUUACCAGACAAUUAAAAGGUUUGGAGGAUACAAAGAGUCCACAGUUUAAUAGAUACUUUUAUUUAUUAGAGAACUUAGCUUGGGUUAAAUCAUAUAACAUCUGCUUCGAAUUGGAAGAUUGCAAUGAAAUUUUUAUUCAGCUUUUUAGGACUCUCUUCUCAGUGAUCAACAAUAGCCACAAUAAAAAGGUACAAAUGCACAUGCUAGACUUGAUGAGUUCUAUCAUCAUGGAAGGUGAUGGAGUUACUCAAGAAUUAUUGGACUCCAUUCUUAUUAACCUCAUUCCUGCACAUAAGAACUUAAAUAAACAGUCCUUUGACCUUGCAAAAGUCCUGUUGAAAAGGACAGUCCAGACUAUUGAGGCAUGCAUUGCCAAUUUUUUCAAUCAAGUCCUGGUGCUGGGAAGAUCGUCAGUAAGUGAUUUGUCAGAACAUGUAUUUGAUCUGAUUCAGGAACUUUUUGCGAUAGAUCCGCAUUUAUUAUUAUCUGUCAUGCCGCAGCUUGAAUUCAAACUAAAGAGCAAUGAUGGAGAAGAACGAUUAGCUGUUGUUCGACUUUUAGCUAAAUUGUUUGGUUCUAAAGAUUCUGAUUUGGCAACACAGAAUCGUCCUCUUUGGCAGUGUUUUCUUGGACGAUUUAAUGACAUUCACGUUCCUGUGAGAUUAGAAAGUGUGAAAUUUGCCAGCCACUGUUUAAUGAAUCAUCCAGAUUUAGCAAAGGAUCUCACAGAAUAUUUGAAAGUUAGAUCACAUGAUCCAGAAGAAGCAAUUCGUCAUGAUGUCAUUGUUACUAUAAUAACAGCUGCCAAAAGAGACCUUGCCUUAGUGAAUGAUCAGCUACUUGGCUUUGUAAGGGAAAGAACACUGGAUAAACGGUGGCGAGUAAGAAAAGAAGCUAUGAUGGGUCUUGCUCAGCUUUAUAAGAAAUACUGUCUUCAUGGUGAAGCAGGAAAAGAAGCUGCAGAGAAAGUCAGCUGGAUAAAGGACAAGCUUUUGCAUAUUUAUUAUCAGAAUAGCAUCGAUGACAAACUGUUGGUAGAGAAAAUCUUUGCUCAGUAUCUUGUCCCCCACAACCUGGAAACAGAAGAGAGAAUGAAAUGCUUAUAUUAUUUAUAUGCUAGUUUGGAUCCAAAUGCUGUCAAAGCUCUCAAUGAAAUGUGGAAGUGUCAGAACAUGCUUAGAAGUCACGUACGAGAACUAUUGGAUUUGCACAAGCAACCUACAUCAGAGGCUAACUGUUCUGCCAUGUUUGGAAAACUGAUGACCAUAGCAAAGAAUUUGCCUGACCCUGGGAAAGCACAAGAUUUUGUGAAGAAAUUUAACCAGGUUCUCGGUGAUGAUGAGAAAUUGCGGUCUCAGCUGGAGUUAUUAAUCAGUCCAACCUGUUCUUGCAAACAGGCAGAUGUUUGUGUGAGAGAAAUAGCUCGAAAACUUGCAAAUCCUAAGCAGCCAACAAACCCUUUUCUAGAGAUGGUCAAAUUUCUGUUGGAAAGAAUUGCACCUGUGCACAUUGAUUCAGAAGCCAUAAGUGCACUGGUAAAACUGAUGAAUAAAUCAAUAGAGGGAACAGCAGAUGAUGAAGAGGAGGGUGUAAGUCCAGAUACAGCUAUUCGUUCAGGACUUGAACUUCUUAAGGUUCUGUCUUUCACACAUCCUACCUCGUUCCACUCUGCAGAGACAUAUGAGUCCCUGUUACAGUGCCUCAGAAUGGAAGAUGACAAGGUAGCAGAAGCUGCUAUACAAAUUUUUAGAAAUACAGGCCACAAAAUAGAAACAGACCUACCCCAGAUACGAUCGACCUUAAUUCCCAUUUUACAUCAGAAAGCAAAGAGAGGUACUCCACACCAAGCAAAACAGGCUGUUCAUUGUAUACAUGCCAUAUUCACCAAUAAAGAAGUCCAGCUUGCACAGAUUUUUGAGCCACUCAGUAGGAGUCUGAAUGCUGAUGUACCAGAACAACUUAUAACUCCAUUAGUUUCAUUGGGCCACAUUUCUAUGUUAGCACCAGAUCAAUUUGCUUCCCCAAUGAAAUCUGUAGUAGCAAAUUUUAUUGUGAAAGAUCUGCUAAUGAAUGACAGGUCAACAGGUGAGAAGAAUGGAAAAUUAUGGUCUCCAGAUGAAGAGGUUUCCCCUGAAGUACUAGCAAAGGUACAGGCAAUUAAACUUCUGGUAAGGUGGCUGUUGGGUAUGAAAAACAACCAGUCUAAAUCUGCCAAUUCAACUCUUCGAUUAUUAUCAGCGAUGUUGGUUAGUGAGGGUGACCUGACAGAGCAAAAGAGAAUCAGUAAAUCUGAUAUGUCUCGCUUGCGAUUAGCUGCUGGUAGUGCCAUAAUGAAGCUUGCUCAGGAACCUUGUUACCAUGAAAUUAUAACCCCAGAACAGUUUCAGCUCUGUGCACUUGUUAUUAAUGAUGAGUGCUACCAAGUAAGGCAGAUAUUUGCUCAGAAGUUGCAUAAGGCACUUGUGAAGUUACUACUCCCAUUGGAGUACAUGGCGAUCUUUGCCUUGUGUGCCAAAGAUCCUGUGAAGGAGAGAAGAGCACAUGCACGACAGUGUUUACUAAAAAAUAUCAGUAUACGCAGGGAGUACAUUAAACAGAAUCCCAUGGCUACUGAGAAAUUAUUAUCACUGUUGCCUGAAUAUGUAGUUCCAUACAUGAUUCACCUGCUAGCCCAUGAUCCAGAUUUUACAAGAUCACAAGAUGUUGACCAGCUUCGUGAUAUUAAAGAGUGCCUAUGGUUCAUGCUUGAAGUUUUAAUGACAAAGAAUGAAAACAAUAGCCAUGCCUUUAUGAAGAAGAUGGCAGAGAACAUCAAGUUAACAAAAGAUGCCCAGUCUCCAGAUGAAUCCAAGACAAAUGAAAAACUUUAUACAGUAUGUGAUGUGGCUCUGUGUGUUAUAAAUAGUAAAAGUGCUUUGUGCAAUGCAGACUCACCAAAGGAUCCAGUCCUCCCAAUGAAAUUUUUUACACAACCUGAAAAGGACUUCUGUAAUGACAAGAGUUAUAUUUCAGAAGAGACCAGAGUGCUUCUGUUAACAGGAAAGCCAAAACCUGCUGGAGUACUAGGUGCAGUAAACAAGCCUUUAUCAGCAACAGGAAGAAAACCAUAUGUUAGAAGCACCGGAGCUGAGACUGGAAGCAACAUUAAUGUAAAUUCAGAGCUGAACCCUUCAACCGGAAACCGAUCAAGGGAACAGAGUUCAGAGGCAGUAGAAACUGGAGUUAGUGAAAAUGAAGAGAACCCUGUGAGAAUUAUUUCUGUCACUCCUGUAAAGAAUAUUGAUCCGGUAAAGAAUAAGGAAAUUAAUUCUGAUCAGACUACCCAGGGCAACAUCAGCAGUGACCGAGGAAAGAAAAGAACAGUAACCGCAGCUGGUGCAGAGAAUAUUCAACAAAAAACAGAUGAGAAAGUAGAUGAAUCAGGACCACCUGCCCCUUCAAAACCCAGGAGAGGACGUCGACCGAAGUCUGAAUCUCAGGGCAAUGCAACCAAAAAUGAUGAUAUAAAUAAACCUCUUGGCAAAGGAAGAAAGAGAGCUGCAGUCAGUCAGGAAAGCCCUGGGGGUCUGGAAGCAGGUAAUGCCAAAGCACCCAAACUGCAAGACAUAGCCAAAAAGGCAACACCAGCAGAGAGACAAAUUGACUUACAAAGGUAAAAAGAAAACUCACUUGCAAAGGGAGAAAA